CAGCCAGAAAUCUCAGGGGGACAGCUGUACUCAGGGCAGGUCAGGGCAUCACUCUCUCAGCACUUGCUCAGCCACCAGUAUGACGAACUGCAUCCAGGGAUUUAAAGAUUACUUCUGCCGGCCUAAGAACACAAAUGUUCGUCUUAAACUUCCGUUUGUCUGCUUUGCCUGGCAGAUUGCCAUGAUCAUACUCUUUGGGGUCUUCGUCCGCUACAAUAAUGAGUCAGACGCACACUGGGUACAGAAUAUGGCCCAGAACAAUAUCACCAGUGCCAUAGAGAAUGAUUUCUACUAUAGAUACCCCAGUUUCCAGGAUGUCCAUGUUAUGAUCUUUGUGGGUUUUGGAUUCCUCAUGACAUUCCUGAAGAGGUACAGUUUCGGCGGGGUUGGCUUCAACUUCCUCAUCGCAGCCUUCGGCAUCCAGUGGGCUCUGCUCAUGCAAGGCUGGUUCCACUCUCUAGACCCGUCGACUGGAAAGAUCUACAUCGGUAUUGAAAAUCUGAUCAAUGCUGACUUCUGCGUGGCCGGCUGUCUCAUAGCCUAUGGGGCGGUGCUGGGCAAAGUCAGCCCAGUCCAGCUAAUGGUUAUGACCCUGUUCGGCGUCACUCUGUAUGCCGUGGAAGAGUACAUCAUCCUCAACCUUCUUCACGCAAUAGAUGCCGGUGGCUCAAUGAUUAUUCACGUCUUUGGAGGUUAUUAUGGUCUGGCCAUCUCCUGGGUCCUUUACCGGCCUAAUUUACAUCAAAGCAAGCAUCUGCAAGGCUCGGUAUACCACUCUGAUACUUUCGCCAUGAUUGGCACACUGUUCCUUUGGAUGUUCUGGCCCAGUUUCAACUCGGCCACCACGUACCAUGGAGACGGUCAGCAUAGAGCUGCCAUCAACACCUACCUGUGCCUGACCUCCUGCGUUCUCACCACAGUGGCCAUCUCCAGCCUCUCGCAGAAGACGGGCAAGCUGGACAUGGUGCAUAUCCAGAAUUCCACCCUUGCUGGGGGCGUCGCCAUGGGGACCGCAGCCGUCUUUAUGGUCUCCCCCUACGGCGCGCUGAUCGUAGGCUUCUGCUGUGGCAUCCUCUCUACCAUGGGCUACCUUUACAUUUCUCCAUUUUUAGAGAAAACACUGAAGAUCCAUGACACAUGUGGAAUACACAACUUGCACGCCAUGCCUGGGGUGAUUGGUGGGAUAGUUGGAGCCAUUACAGCUGCAACUGCCAGCGAGUCAGUCUAUGGAAUGCAGGGGUUGAUCAACACAUUUGACUUCACCGGUAACUUUAAGGACAGAACAGUGUUUGCUCAAGGUGGCUACCAGGCUGCUGGCAUGUGUGUGGCCAUGGUCUUCGGAAUUGGAGGUGGUGCUAUAGUUGGUGCUAUCCUGAGGUUCCCCAUCUGGGGCGAUCCUGCAGAUGAGAACUGCAAUGAUGAUGAUGUGUACUGGGAGGUACCUCAGGACGAGGAGGAUCAACUGGAGAGUGUCCCUCCCAUUCUGGAGUACUGCAACUACAUGACCAAUAAGCCAGAAGAUGAGUCAUAAUGAUGGAAUCCUUUAGGAAAUGUGGGAAUCAAAGGACUGUUCUAUGACUGGCAUUUGUCUCCUUCUCGUUUGAAGUUUCAAAAUGCUGGCCCUGUCUAAGGUGAUUGUACUUUCUUUAAAAACCUUCCUGACAGCUAGAUGUCUGCCAGAACUGGUUAAAGUGCACACUGCACUCAACCCAAACUAAAGAUUUUGUUCUCAGGACUACCCAGUGACCUUACAGAAAAUUACUAAAUCAUCCCUUACCUGACAGUGUCAUACAAGCCUGCCAAUAAUGUGCCAGUGUAUUGUUCAUUUGUGGAAUAACGCUUCCUGUCCCAUCCUAACAUUUAGUAAAUCCCUUUUGAAGUUCACUUUAAAAUGGUUGACUUUAAUUUGGUCCAAUAGUUUUAGAGAGUUUAUGCCUAUGUAAAGUCAAGACAAUAACAUGCACAAAUAAUUUGUCAAAAUGUGGGUUCUUCAGUGACAUUCAGUGUCAAGUCCUUGGACAAAGUGUGGCAGUACCCAAACACCCUUUUACAGAACUAAGCCAUAGAGAAAUACAGACUAGCAACUGCAAUUGACUGCAGUUAAACAUACUUUAAAAUGUCUUAUAAUAACUAAAGGUCCUUUUUUAUUUAAUUAAAAUAUGUUAAAUUGCAAUGUCAAUUGCAGUUGCGUGUUUAAGAUCCAGUGAAACAUAUUUAAAAAUGUGACUGGCUCAAAUUACAAUACCCCAAUAAUUAAAGGGGUCAUAGAUACAAUUUAUACUGUACUACUAACAGUCAGGGUUUCAAGUUAAUGUUUUCAAUGUUUUUUCUACAAAAUUGUUCAGAGUCCAUGUAAACUUUCUCCCCCUUCUGUCAAUCAAUUAGCAUGGAUGUGUGGUCUUCUCAUUCACACUCGCACUAAUUUCAGUGUAGCAGCAGCAUAGCACACACAAUAUAUAUUACACUAAAAUAAGCACAAGCAUAAUAAUCCUUAUAUAAAAGUUAAACAAUGUGCACAGUUUAAAAGAUUACAAAUUUGCAGGUAUAGCUAAUUGUAUUCCAGUCUAGUUCAGUAAGGAACAAAGUCUUUAAAACAUUAAAGGGAAGGUUUCUACACAGUG